AUGCCAAGUUCAUCCAAGCUCGUUGAAAAUAAUAUGGAUAUAGUUGCUGAUGAAUUAUACUUAGAAAUAAAUCGGUUAUUUAACGAAGGAAGAAAUAUUCCUGAUAUAAUUGGCAAGUUUCUCAAGGAACAUAAUCAAUCGAUAAAUGAUAUUUUCAAUUGGUUAUCGAAUCAAAGCAAGCCAAAAUAUAGUUAUAUUCUUGGGCUGCUUUAUUAUAGUCGUAUUGGAGAUAUCGGAACAAAAAAUGCUAAAGGUUAUUAUUAUUAUAUUAGAUAUUUUGGAACGAAAAGCGUUAAAGGAGAUAUGUAUAAGCUAUUUUUAAAUGCUGCAAACAAUGGAAUUAUUAUGGCAAAUAUUUUUCUUGGGAAAUGCCGUGAAGAAGGCAGAGAUGUCAAAAAAGACGUAGCUAAGGCAAAAGAAUUUUAUAUAACAGCUAGCAAUUGUGCUGCUGCGGAAUACGCACUUGGAAAUUAUUAUUACAAACGACUAAAGUAUCGCAAAGCAUUUAUUUGGUUAAAAAGAUCAGCAGAAAAUAAUAAUAGGAAAGCGCUGUACUUAUUAGGAAUAUUUUAUCAAAAAGCUUUUGGAACAAAUUUUGAUAAUAAUAAAGCAUUUGAAUCAUUCUACCGAGCAGCCUUUAUGGGUCUACAAAAUUCACAACAUGAGCUAGCAAAAUGUUAUGAGUAUGGUGAGGGUACAGAAAAAAAUUUAGAAAAUGCAUUUUUUUGGUAUCAAGCAGCUAUGGACAAUAAACAUAAUUGUCACAAUGAUUUGGAGAGAGUGAAACAUAAAUUGAGACAUCAAGAUAUAAUUGAGGAGCAAGAAUUGUCGUAA